AUGCUACAAUCAGACGCGUACGACCCUCUCCAGGAAGCGUACGAUGGCGGCAUGCCGUUGGAAGUGACCUCGGCCACGCAUCAGUCCUGGGCUGAUGCCAUCCCAGACAAACAGGGCCUGUACGACCCAGACUACGAAAAAGACGCGUGCGGUGUGGGUUUCGUCGCCAACAUCAAGGGCGUCGCCUCCCACAAGACCGUCUCCGACGCCCGCUACUUGCUGUGCAACAUGACCCACCGUGGUGCCGUCUCCUCCGGCGGCAACGGUGACGGUGCCGGUAUCUUGGUCGGCAUCCCUCACGAGUUCAUGGUGCGCGAGUUCAAGCUCGACCUCGACAUCGACGUGCCCGCCAAGGGCCAGUACGCCGUGGGCAAUUUCUUCUUCAAGAAGGACGCCCCGGACGUGCUCGAGGCCUCCAAGCGCACUUUCGCAGACAUGGCCAGCUCGCUGGGGCUCAGCGUGCUGGGAUGGCGGUCCGUGCCACGUGACUCCUCCAUCCUGGGCGCCGUCGCUCUCUCGCGCGAACCCGUCAUCUUACAGCCUCUGGUCGUGCUCACCGAGGCCCACCAGUUCGGCUCCGUGCCCGAAGCCGAGUUCAGAGAACGCUACGACAUCAAGUUCCAAACUCUGUUGUACAUUCUCCGCAAACAGGCCUCCACCGCCAUCGGCUUGCAGAAUUGGUUCUAUGCAUGCUCGCUCAACCCUAAAACCAUCGUCUACAAGGGCCAGUUGACCCCCAACCAAGUUUACAAAUACUACCACGACCUCACAAACGCGCAUUUCGCCUCUCACAUGGCGUUAGUCCACUCCCGUUUCUCCACAAACACCUUCCCCUCCUGGGAUAGAGCUCAACCACUCCGGUGGAUCGCACACAACGGUGAAAUCAACACCUUGCGUGGUAACAAAAACUGGAUGCGUGCCCGUGAAGGUGUCAUGGCAUCCGAGACUUUCAAAGAACAACUCGACAAGCUAUACCCCAUUAUCGAAGAAGGAGGUUCCGAUUCCGCUGCCCUUGAUAACGUCUUGGAGUUGCUCGUGAUCAACGGCGUGCUCUCUUUGCCAGAGGCCAUCAUGAUGAUGGUCCCUGAGGCCUACCACAAGGACAUGGACUCCAACUUGAAGGCCUGGUUCGACUGGGCCGCAUGUCUCAUGGAACCAUGGGACGGUCCCGCUUUGCUCACUUUCACAGACGGCCGCUACUGUGGUGCCAUGUUGGACAGAAACGGUUUGAGACCUUGCCGUUACUACAUCACUUCCGACGACCGUGUCAUCUGCGCUUCCGAAGUUGGUGUCAUUCAAGUGGACAACUCUUUGGUCGUGCAAAAGGGUAAACUAAAGCCCGGUGACAUGCUGCUGGUGGACACCGAGUUGGGCCAAAUGGUUGACACCAAAAAACUGAAGGCUUCUUUUUCCAAGAAGAAGGAUUUCAAGUCCUGGUUGUCCAAGUUGAUCAAACUAGAGGACUUGUUGGUCAAAACCAAGAAGUACAUCCCUGGUAAAUUCAUCCCAGAUCAACAUGCUUCUUUGAAAGUCCAAAAAGACCCCCGUCUAUUGGCCUUGGGUUACACUUACGAGCAAGUCUCGAUGUUGUUGGUUCCAAUGGCUUUGGGAGGCAAAGAAGCUUUGGGUUCCAUGGGUAACGAUUCUCCCUUGGCUUGUUUGAAUGAGGACCCCGUUCUUCUGUAUGAAUAUUUCAGAGAACUUUUCGCCCAAGUGACCAACCCUCCAAUCGACCCUAUUCGUGAGGCCAAUGUCAUGUCUCUAGAGUGUUUUGUCGGUCCUCAAGGUAACUUGUUGGAGGUUCAUGCUUCUCAAUGUGACCGUUUGCUUUUGAAAUCUCCUAUCUUGCAUUGGGAUGAAUUUGAAGCCAUCAAAAAUAUUGAAAAAGUGCAUCCUUCCUGGUCCGUCGCUAACAUCGAUAUCACCUUUGAAAAAAGUUUAGGACUGCUAGGGUAUACUGCCACUAUUGAACGUAUAACCCAGGAAGCUUCCGAGGCUAUCGAACAAGGUAAGAAAAUCUUGAUGAUUUCCGAUCGCAGACUCGGGCCUGACCGCAUUAGCAUUUCAUCUUUGAUCGCUGUAGGUGCCAUCCAUCACCACUUGAUUAGAAACAAACAACGUUCUCAGGUGGCUUUGAUCUUGGAAACUGCCGAAGCAAGAGAAGUUCACCAUUUCUGUGUCCUGUUGGGUUACGGUUGUGAUGGUAUCUUCCCAUACUUGGCCAUGGAAACUUUGGUCAGAAUGAACAAUGAAGGACUGGUGCGUAAUGUUGACAACGACGAUUCUCAUAUUGAUGAUGUCACGUUGUUGGAAAAUUACAAGCAUGCCAUCGAUGGUGGUAUCUUGAAAGUCAUGUCCAAGAUGGGUAUCUCCACCUUGGCCUCUUAUAAAGGUGCCCAAAUCUUUGAAUGUUUGGGUAUCGAUAACUCUGUUGUUGACUUGUGUUUUGCCGGUACUGCCUCCAGAAUCAGAGGUGUGACCUUUGAAUACAUUGCCCAAGAUGCAUUCUCUAUGCAUGAACGUGGUUUCCCAAGUAGAUACACUGUUACCAAAUCUGUCAACUUGCCAGAAAGUGGUGAAUACCACUGGAGAGAUGGUGGGUUCAAGCACAUCAACGACCCUACCGCAAUCGCUUCUCUACAGGACUCUGUUAGAAAUAAAAAUGAGACUUCUUGGGCCAUGUACGUCAAGAAGGAAAUGGAAGCUAUCAGAGACUGUACUUUGAGAGGUUUGUUGGAAUUGGAUUUCGAGAACUCCCAACCAAUCCCAUUGGAACAAGUGGAACCAUGGACCGAAAUUGCCAGGAGAUUUGCCACUGGUGCAAUGUCCUAUGGUUCCAUUUCCAUGGAGGCUCACUCCACAUUGGCUGUGGCUAUGAACCGUUUGGGUGCCAAGUCCAACUGUGGUGAAGGUGGUGAAGACCCAGAACGUUCCAUCGUCCACGCAAAUGGUGACACGAUGAGAUCUGCCAUUAAGCAAGUAGCAUCUGCUAGAUUCGGUGUCACCUCCUAUUACUUGUCCGAUGCUGACGAAAUUCAAAUUAAGAUUGCUCAAGGUGCUAAACCUGGUGAAGGUGGUGAAUUGCCAGCCCACAAGGUUUCUAAAGAAAUUGCCAAGACCAGACAUUCUACCCCAUACGUUGGUUUGAUUUCCCCUCCUCCUCAUCACGAUAUUUACUCGAUUGAGGAUUUGAAGCAAUUGAUUUACGAUUUGAAAUGUUCCAACCCAAGAGCAGGUAUCUCCGUUAAAUUGGUAUCUGAGGUCGGUGUUGGUAUUGUCGCUUCUGGUGUGGCUAAGGCCAAGGCUGAUCACAUUUUGGUUUCUGGUCACGAUGGUGGUACUGGUGCCUCUAGAUGGACUGGUAUCAAAUAUGCUGGUUUACCUUGGGAACUGGGUCUCGCUGAAACCCACCAAACUUUGGUCUUGAACGAUUUGAGACGUAACGUCGUUGUUCAAACUGAUGGUCAAUUGAGAACUGGUUUCGAUAUUGCUGUCGCCGUACUUUUGGGUGCCGAAUCUUUCACUCUUGCCACUAUCCCAUUGGUUGCCAUGGGUUGUAUCAUGUUGAGAAAGUGUCACUUAAACGCUUGUGCUGUGGGUAUUGCCACUCAAGAUCCUGUAUUGAGAGACAAGUUUAAGGGUCAACCUGAACAUGUCAUCAAUUUCUUCUAUUACUUGAUCCAGGAUUUGCGUACAAUCAUGUCCAAGUUGGGUUUCCGUACCAUCGAUGAGAUGGUUGGCCACUCUGAAAAAUUGAGAAAGAGGGACAAUGUGAAUACCAAGGCCAUUAACAUCGAUUUGUCACCAAUUUUGACUCCUGCCCAUGUCAUUCGUCCAGGUGUGGCAACUAAAUUCACUAAGAAGCAAGACCAUAAGUUGCACACUCGCUUGGACAACAAAUUGAUUGACGAGGCUGAAAUUACUUUGGAUCGUGGUUUACCGGUCACCAUUGAUGCUUCUAUCAUCAACACCGACCGUGCUCUUGGUUCGACUCUAUCUUACAGAAUCUCUAAGGAGUUCGGUGAGGAAGGGUUACCUCAAGAUACAGUCGUGGUUAACAUCGAAGGUUCAGCAGGUCAAUCCUUUGGUGCCUUCCUAACCUCAGGUGUCACUUUCAUCUUGGAUGGUGAUGCCAACGACUACGUCGGUAAAGGUCUAUCCGGUGGUAGAAUCAUCAUCAGGCCACCUACUGACUCUAAAUUCAAGAGUGACGAAAAUGUGAUUGUGGGUAACACCUGUUUCUACGGUGCCACUUCUGGUACUGCUUUCAUCUCCGGUUCCGCUGGUGAACGUUUCUGUGUUCGUAACUCUGGUGCCACCAUUGUUGUUGAAAGGGUUAAAGGUAACAACGCUUUCGAAUACAUGACUGGUGGUAGAGCUGUUGUUUUGUCUCAAAUGGAGUCUUUGAACGCUUUCUCUGGUGCAACUGGUGGUAUCGCUUACUGUUUGACUUCCGACUAUGACGAUUUUGUUGAAAAGAUCAACCUUGAAACUGUUGAGCUACAAAGCUUGAGUGAUCCAGUGGAAAUUGCGUUUGUCAAGAACUUGAUCCAAGAGCAUUACAACUACACCAAGUCUGAAUUGGCUGCCAGAAUCUUGAGCAAGUUCAACCAUUACUUGAAGAACUUUGUUAAGGUUAUUCCUACUGACUAUAAAAAAGUUUUGGAAAAGGACGCUCUUGAAAAGGCUAAGUUGAAGGAGGAAAGUACUGCUAACUUUUUGAAAAAAUUCAACUCUAGCACCGACUUAUCCUCAGAUGCUACUAAUGGCGAGGUCGAUGCCAUCAGAUCUGAGAAGAAACAAAAGAUGGUCAACAUAAGCCACAGAUCUACUCUUACUGAACCCAAGGUAGUCGAUUUGGAAGAUGCCAUUCAAGACGCCAACCAAUUGGAGAAGAAUGUCGAGAAAGUAGAAAAGAUUCGCGGUUUUAUGAAAUACAAGUUGCGUCAUGAAUCUUAUCGUGGAACCAAAUCUAGAACCAAGGACUGGAAAGAACUUUCCAGCUGUGUCACCAAGAAAGAUGCCAAAUAUCAAACUGCUAGAUGUAUGGAUUGCGGUGUUCCAUUCUGUAGUUCUGAUACUGGUUGUCCAAUUUCUAACGUCAUUCCAAAAUUCAACGAAUUGGUUUUCAAGAAUCAAUGGAAGCUAGCUCUAGACAAGCUUUUGGAGACCAACAACUUCCCUGAAUUUACUGGUAGAGUCUGUCCUGCCCCUUGCCAAGGUGCCUGUACUCUGGGUAUUAUUGAUGAUCCUGUUGGUAUCAAGUCAAUUGAAAGAUUGAUCAUUGAUAAUGCUUUCAAGGAGGGUUGGAUUGUGCCAUGUCCUCCUGAGGUACGCACUGGUAGAACUGUAGCUGUGAUUGGUUCCGGUCCAGCUGGUUUAGCUUGUGCAGACCAAUUGAACAGGGCAGGACACUCUGUUACUGUCUACGAAAGGGCCGACCGUUGUGGUGGUUUGUUAAUGUAUGGUAUUCCUAACAUGAAACUAGACAAAUCCAUUGUUCAACGCCGUGUGGACCUUUUGGCUGCAGAAGGAGUCGAGUUUAUUACCAACACUGAAAUUGGGAAGGACGUUACCAUGGAAGAAUUAAAGGCCAACAAUGACGCUGUUGUUUAUGCCAUUGGUUCUACUAUCCCAAGGGAUCUCAGAAUUCCAGGUCGUGACUUGAAGAAUAUCGAUUUUGCCAUGAGUUUGUUGACUGCUAACACUAAGGCCUUGCUUGAAAAGGACUUGGAGACCAUCCGUCAACAAAUUGAAGGCAAGAAGGUCGUCGUCAUUGGUGGUGGUGACACUGGUAAUGACUGUCUUGGUACCUCUGUUAGACAUGGUGCUGCUUCUGUCUUGAAUUUCGAAUUACUUCCACAACCUCCAAAAGAACGUGCCAAGGACAAUCCUUGGCCACAAUGGCCCCGUGUGAUGAGAAUUGACUACGGUCAUGCCGAAGUCAAGGAACACUACGGCAGAGAUCCACGUGAGUACUGCAUCCUCUCCAAGGAAUUCAUUGGAAAUGAAGAGGGUGAAGUUAAGGCCAUUAAAACCGUUCGCGUUGAGUGGAAAAAAUCUGAGUCGGGCGUCUGGCAAAUGGUGGAAAUUCCUGGCAGUGAGGAGAUUUUUGAAGCCGACAUUGUCCUAUUGUCUAUGGGUUUCGUAGGCCCAGAGCUAUUCGAUGAUCCAAGUGUCCUCAAGACCAAGAGAGGAACCAUUGGCACUGUAUCUGACUCCUCUUACUCAGUCGACAGCGCUAAAGUAUUUGCUGCUGGUGACUGUAGAAGAGGUCAAUCCCUAAUUGUGUGGGCCAUCCAGGAAGGUAGAAAGUGUGCUACCUCCGUUGACACAUACUUGAUGGGUUCAACCAACCUACCGGGUAACGGUGGUAUUGUUAAACGUGAUUACAAACUUUUGGAGGAACUUGCCUCUACCGUUUAA